UGACAACCUCACUUUACAGGUAAUUGCUUAGAGCAGCUCUUCCCCAACAGUUACGUAACCUCCCAUUUAGCUAGCCCAAAGCAUUUGGGUUUUAACGGCGAUGGAUGCCAGUUUUAAUGAUGCGCUGGAGUGACUAAGAAGAAUGAGGAUGGAGAGAGGCAUAUAGGCUGAUCUGUCAGAAGGCCAGUUGCUAUUGCUCUUGGAAUGAGAACUGAAGAAUGCAGACAGCAGCCACUGUUCUCCGGCAUCCACAAGACUUCCAGCAGGAACUCUCAGCCCUGCAGCUCCCACUUGGCACAGGCUAAAUGAAACUCAGACUUUAGUAAACAUGGCUGCCGUCCAGGGGAAAGCAAGGCCAGCUUCUCUGUCCAAAUGGUACCUAUAAAUAAAAAUAGAUUGUUGCGAGGGGAGUGGGAAAUGAGAGGGGGCGGCCACUGCAGGCCCCCUGCUCACAGAGUAACUCCUUGUCCUUUGUCUGGGCUGUUGGCUGGGAGGAGGUGGCACCCUGGAGGCUGUGGGUGAAGCAUUUCCAGUAAAGCUCCUCAUUUUCUGUUCCAAUGCAGGGCCCCAUGGGACCUCGGGGACCUCCAGGCCCUGCUGGUGCUCCCGGACCUCAAGGAUUUCAAGGCAACCCUGGUGAACCUGGGGAACCCGGCGUUGCUGGUCCCAUGGGUCCCCGCGGCCCUUCUGGCCCCCCUGGAAAACCUGGUGACGAUGUGAGUACACCUGGGGAGUCAAACAAGUGGCCGCCUCACUUGAAAGGGCCCAGAGAGGGGGUGCUGGGCAGUGAUACGGAGGCACCCUCGGCUUGACCCAAGGGAGAGGCAACCUGAGGGGCAGAGCGGGUCUGUUGGAGACUCGGACUCCGCCUACUGUCCACUGGCAACUUAGCUUGCAAUUGCCUUGGGGACUGCUUUGGACCCACUGGGAAGGGAACUAAUUAAAACAUCAUUAACUCCUGGAAGGGAAAUUGAGAAGUGAGAGAAGGGAGAGGGAAAACACAAGGGGAAAGAUGUAGAGAAGGAAAAACAAAGAAAGAAACACUCAACAGCCCGACAUUAUCUUAAUUGUAAAUGAGUUAGGAAAAGCUCAGCCUGAGUCAGGAUGUCUGCAAGGGAUGCAAACGAAGGGAAGAGACAAGAGUUGGCACUCGUGAAUCCCAUUAGACAGUGAAAGUCUCUGAGGUUAGGGGGCCCUAGGCCAGUCAGCAGUGCCUAUGAGAGGAGACAGGGAGCCCACCAGGGGAGGCUGGAGGCCGUGGGGUUGGGGACAGAGGAGCUUGCCCAGGGCACAGGCAGCUGUGUGAGAGAAGACACGGUGAGCCAGGGAAGGCAUUCGGGGAAGUCUGGGACCUGAAGGAGCGGGGUGGAGAUGAGGAAGCAGGUGGGCAAAGGCAUGGCGGGCUGGGAGGAGAGACGGGGCUCCGGAGUGUGCCAGCUGUGCUAAUAGUCUUCUGAGGAAGCUGAGUUCAUCUCUCUCCCUUCAGGGUGAAGCUGGAAAGGCUGGAAAACCUGGCGAGAGAGGCCUUCCGGGUCCUCAGGUAAAGCCCCACCUUCCCCAGCCUCCAGCAUCAU